AUGAUUCUCCCCAGAUCUCUUCUCAAUGCCUCCCUUCUCCUGCUCGCGUCGGCGCGCCAGGCCGUCGGCGCGUCCUGCUGGAAGAACUACACCUGCAGUGCCAUCACUGAGCCUGCCUUCCCCGGCGCGUGGGAGCGGUAUAUGUUCGCGCCCUCGUCACGCACCGUCCAGCCCGAGACGUUCUUCCCAAUCACCAACCUGGAUGACGUGCGCCAGUGGCCCGGCCAGGCCAGUCUGCCACACAAUGGCUCGCUCUACGUCUUCGACUUCGGCAAGGAGGUCGGCGGCAUCGUCUCGCUCAAAUACAGCGUGAGCCCAGCCGCCCCAUACGCCCCUGGGCGCAAAGCCUCCUCACCCCAGCGCAGCGACUACUCUCCGGAUGUCGGGCAUGGUGCGGUCGGUCUCGCCUUUACGGAGGCCAAGAAUUGGAUCGGAGAAUGGUCCGACUCGUCGAAUGGUGACAUGAUCGGGCCAGACGGCGCCAUAUACUCCAACUUCACCGGCACCGGUGACGUGGCGUACACAAUGCCGGACCACAAGCUUCGCGGCGGCUUCCGGUACCUGACGCUCUUCCUGAUGGCAGACAAUGCGUCGGUCGAGAUCACGGACAUCGAGCUCGAGAUCGGCUUCAUGCCGACCUGGUCAAACCUCCAAGCCUAUCAAGGAUACUUCUCCUGCGAUGAUGAUCUGCUGAACCGGAUCUGGUAUGGUGGUGCUUAUACGCUGCAGACCGAUACGGUGCCGAACACCUAUGGGCGGUGGUUCCCCUUCCUGGAAACUGGGUGGGAGAAUAACGGCACCCUGGGAAAUGGGAGUACCAUUUUGGUGGAUGGCGCCAAGCGGGAUCGCGAGAUUUGGCCUGGUGAUAUGGGCGUUGCGGUGCCAUCGACGUUUGUCAGUUUGGGAGAGUUGGAACAAGCCAAGAACAGUCUUCAAAGCAUGUAUGACUACCAAAAUGCCGACGGCGAAUUUCCCCAAGCCGGUCCACCGCUCCUCCAACAAGGCAGCACCACCUACCAUAUGUGGACGAUGAUCGGCACGUACAACUACAUCUUCUACACCAACGACACUGCCUGGGGACAGAGCAACUGGGACGGCUACAAGCGCGCCAUGGACUGGGUCACCGGCUACCAAAGCUACACCGGCGGUCUGCUCAACGUCACCGGCACCAAAGGCUGGGGCCAGCUGGUCACCGGUUACAACGAGACCAUCGCCCAGAUGAUUCUGUACCAGACGCUGAUCACGGGCGCCGACCUAGCGCGCUGGGUGGGCGACGACCCGGACCUCGCGGCAGCGUGGACGGCGGAUGCCGUGAGGCUGCAGGCAGCCACGCUCAAGUACUGCUACGACGCCUCGUUGGGGGCGUUCAGGUCUAACGCCACGAACACCACGCUGCACGACCAGGGCUCGAAUUCGAUGGCCGUGGCCUUCGGCGUGAUCAGGCCCGACAGUGCGGAAGCGCAGAGCAUCAGCCAGUGGCUGACGACGAACUGGACUCCCAUUGGCGCCAACUGUCCCGAGCUGCCCGGUGAAGUGAGCCCGUACAUCUCCAGCUUCGAGCUGCAGGCGCACCUCGUCGCGGGACACGCGCAGCGUGCGCUGGAUCUGAUGCGCCUGUCGUGGGGGUGGUAUAUCAACAAUCCGAACGGCAGCGAAAGUACCACCAUCGAGGGUUACUUGGUCAAUGGCACCUUUGGAUAUCGGUGGAAUGACGGCUAUGACAAUGAUUUUAGCUAUGUUUCGCACGCGCAUGGGUGGAGUUCAGGGCCAACGAACGCCCUGACCACCUAUAUCGUUGGCUUGAGUAUUACAAGUCCCGCCGGGGCGACGUGGAUGUUUGCGCCGCAGUUUGGAGACUUACAGACUGCCGAGGGUGGGCUGACGACGUCCUUGGGGAAGUAUCAGGCAAAAUGGGUGAACAGUGGGAAGACGUACAGCGCGAUAAUUGAGACGCCGGACGGGACAGAGGGAGUGCUCGUCCUGCCGGUUGUGCAGCAGGGGGAGCAUGCCGUCAGUGACGGUUGA